CUGAUGACGUCACCAGGGUGCGACUGUGAGCCUAGCAGCUCGCGCCACCAUGAAGGAGACGCCGCUGUCGAACUGCGAGAAGCGCUUCUUGCUGCGCGCCAUCGAGGAGAAGAAGCGCCUGGACGGGCGGCAGAGCUACGACUACCGCAAUGUGCGCGUCUCUUUCGGCGCCGACUAUGGCUGCUGCGUCGUGGAGCUGGGGAAGACCAGGGUCCUUGGACAAGUCUCAUGUGAACUUGUUGCCCCAAAGCCAAACCGAGCUACAGAAGGUAUACUUUUCUUUAAUCUUGAGCUCUCUCCAAUGGCUUCACCAGCUUUUGAGCCUGGCAGGCAGUCUGAAUUGCUGGUGAAGCUGAAUAGGCUAUUAGAAAGAUGCCUAAGAAACUCAAAGUGCAUAGAUACUGAAUCUCUUUGUGUUGUUGCUGGUGAAAAGGUGUGGCAGAUUCGUGUGGACCUGCAUUUGUUGAAUCAUGAUGGAAACAUUAUUGAUACUGCAAGUAUAGCAGCAAUAGUGGCCUUGUGUCACUUCCGUAGGCCAGAUGUAUCUGUGCAAGGAGAGGAGAUUACUGUGUAUACCCCUGAGGAACGUGAUCCUGUCCCCUUGAGUAUCCAUCACAUGCCUAUCUGUGUCAGCUUUGCCUUCUUCAAACAAGGGACCUAUUUAUUGGUGGACCCCAGUGAACGCGAAGAACGUGUAAUGGAUGGUCUCCUAGUAAUAGCUAUGAAUAAACAUCGUGAGAUUUGUACUAUCCAGUCCAGUGGAGGGAUAAUGCUGUUAAAAGAUCAGGUUCUGAGAUGCAGUAAAAUAACUGGUGUUAAAGUUGUGGAGAUCACGGAACUCAUUCAGAAGGCCUUGGAGAAUGACCGGAAAGUUAGGAAGGAAGGUGGAAAGUUUGGCUUUGCAGAAUCUAUACCAAAUCAAAAGAUUACUGCAUUCAAAAUGGAACGAGCUCCUGUGGAUGCUAAUGAUGUGGAAGAGCAAGCUGAAGAAAUCAUCACGAAGGCUGAUCCUCCUUUGGAUGUUUUUGCCGAACCAAUAUUGUGGACCCCUGGAACAGCCCAAAUUGGAGAACGGGUAGAGAACUCCUGGGGGGAACUUGAAGAAUCUGAGAGAGGGGAAGAGGAAGAUGAUGACAAUGAUCCUGACACUUUGGAGGAUCCAAAAAUGGAAAUGGAAGAUGUAAGCAUUGUGAGCAAGACUAAGAAAGAUGACACUGUUGUGCUAUCUGACAGCGAAGAGGAAGAAGUUGUCAUUCUAAAACCAGAAAAAGUACUAAAGAAAACCAGAAAACCUACCAACUCCAAACAAGAAAAUUCAAGUAAAAAAGCCAGUAACAAAAAGAGAAAAAAGAAGAGAGUUUCUCAUUAAAAUCACGUUCCAUUUUAAGCCUUGUAUAAAUCUUUAAUUUGUAUACUAAGAUACUGAACAUAUUUUUGUAGGUCAAUUUCUCCCCCACUUCCAAAUUAUCUUUGUUUUUUUGUAUAUAAUGUUGUACAUUGCCUUCCAAUAAAAGGAAAACUCAGUAUUUAAGUGAAAUA